AUGUUUUGCUUCCCUUCGCCCUAUGACCCAAAGACUGAUCGUGACUUUAGACGUUCUGCCUUAACUGACUAUCUUGCUUCAAAUAAUAUCUCAGCCCAACAAAUUCGAGAUGAUUGGGACCGUCGGCAAGCCGAGGCACAGCGCCAGCCUGACCAAGCUGAACAAUCGUCCAAUACACCUGAAGAGUCUAGGUCUCCAUCGGUAUUGGCAUCACCGGAAGACCCGAUAAAAAAGCGCAAGCGCGAGCAAGCCAUUGCAAAGAUUAAAAAUAGCAAGGAGUUUGCUAAGCGCAAGGCCCGCUUUAGUGGCGAUUACGAUGAUGAGGGCGACGAUAACCUGCUCGCGCUAAAGAUCCAUGAAGAAAAAAAUCAACCUAAACCCGGUCAACUUGCGAAUUGCGAGAUCUGCGACAAGCGUUUCACCGUGACUCCCUAUAGUAAGGCCGGUCCGAACGGAGGCUUGCUUUGCGUUGAUUGCUCUAAGAAGCAAAAGGCCGACGAUAAAAAGCCCCCAGCCAAGAAGCGUGGCCCCGGGAUCGGACGACGUCAGAAUCAAGCCAAUUUACUUGAUGGAUUGACUCCCCAUGGCACUCAGAGUCUACUGGAAACAUGCAUCAAGAAAGUGGCAGAUUAUAUUCAUGAUAUUGAGGACUUCGGUGACUUGCCUCCGUCAUUGUUAGUACGUCUCGGUCAGAUCUUGUCUAGAAGACGGGCUGUGACCUCACGGACCCUAGAUCUGUUCCUACGACCUCAUUAUACAUCCAUUGAUCUGUUCGACUGUGCUAAACUCGGCACGGAUGAUUACCACAAGAUUAUGGCUUCCAUGCCUCGUCUUACAAGGGUUAACCUUCGGUUCACCACUCCAAUGAAGGACCAGAUUUUCCACUAUAUGAUGGAACGUGAUAUGGAGAUCAAAGAUCUCCACCUGGAUGGGCCAAACCUUGUGACCGAUGCCUGUUGGCGCCAACUUUUCAUGAAACUUGGUCAUCGCUUCCUGAGCUUCAAAUUGUGGAAUUUAGAUUCUGCUUUUGAUAACGAAACUGCUCAACUAAUGUGCCUUCAUUGUCCCAACCUUCAGCGACUGAAACUUAAGUUUUUACACAAAACCGACAAUGAGAUGCUUGAGGGUAUUUCGACACUCAAGUCCCUUCAGCAUUUGUCGCUGCGUUUUCUAAACGAGACCGAGAUCAAGACCGAGCCUCUCCUUGAGAUAAUGAGUAGCGUUGGUCAUCAGCUAGAGACUCUAUCACUGGAGGAAUUCGAGUUUGUCGAUGACCGACUUUUACAGCAUAUCCAUGAGCAUUGCCGCCAUCUGACCAAGCUUCGUCUUACCCUCAAUUCAACCUUCACCGAUAAAGGUUUAGCCGCCCUUUUCACAGGUUGGUCUAACCCAGCCAUUACCUAUGUCGACUUGAACUCCCUCCGGGAUGUGGACAUGACGAAUCCCACCGGUCCGGAGGAGCCUAUUGGGCUUGCAUCCGACGGGUUCGUUGCUCUUAUGGAGCAUUCGGGCUCGAAACUUCGACACUUGAAUAUCUCCUCGUGCCGUCACAUUUCAUACACAGCGUUCGAACAGGUGUUUGCAGAAGGGAAAAUGUAUCCCAAUCUCAAAUAUCUUGACAUUUCCUUUAGUACUGCCGUGGACGAUUACCUAGCACAGUGCAUCCUUCGGUGCUGCCCUGCCCUUCAGAGGCUGGUUGUCUUUGCUUGCUUCAAGAUUCGCGACGUCCACAUCCCCAGGGGACUUGCUCUGAUUGGUACCGUUGGAGCGACCAUCAAAAUUGACGGAAUCACCCAAACCGAGACAAUUUGA